CGAGCCGCCAGCGCUCGGCCGGGAGGCUGCCGAUUCGCCGCUCACACCCUUGCGAGUCACCCUCGCGGACGGAAGUGCGGAAUGCCUGCCUGACACACUCGGAGAGUGCACACGCCUCUCGGUUCGCGUGCUCCGUCUGUGCGCCGGAGUCCUCUCCCGGAGCUUUCCUUUUUUUCGCUCCGGGCUCCCUCCAGCUGUGCCCGGAUUAUACCAGUCGCUCUGAAGAUGGGGAACAUGGCUUGUGUUCCCCAGGCACCUGGGAAAUUCAGAUAUUCCUUCUCCAGAAAGCCCUCGCUCAGGAAAGAACAGGAGAGCAAGAAAAAACUAGCCAGCCUCUUUGGUUUUGAACCAGGACAAGAGCGGGACGUCACCUCAGACAAGAUUCUGCAGUAUAUCCCUGGAAAGAGCCUCACAAACCAGGAAAAUGAGAAGGAAAACUUGGACCAGCGGUUCCCAAGCCUGUUCAAGAAGGGGCGGCGGAAAACCGUGGUGCGAAACAUGGGUCAGAUUAUCCAUUACUCCAAAGUCAAAUUUAAAUUUCAGCACAGUCCGGAGGUGAAUGACUGCUACCUGGAGCUCUUUCAAGCCUACCUCUAUUUUCAGUCUCUCGGGCCCAAUGGACUCACCUACCAGGGUUUGCUGCCUUUGAGAGAACUCCAGCUUCAUGAACUGGAAAAUCCAAAGGGGACGCAGCAAGAAAUUUAUGCCUUCCAAAUUACAGGUCCUUUGCUGAACCCCCUGAUCAUCUACUGCCCUGACAGGUCGGAGCUGAAGCGCUGGCUCUACCAUUUGGAGAAGCAGAUCCACUUAAACGGGGGGAGCCUCAGUUUCCCCUUCCUGAUGCAGCGUGAAUGGAAGCAGGACUCCGCUGGGAGGGAGGAGCUGCGGUGGUCCGUGCAGAACACCCCCGUGCAGGAGUGGCGGGGCACCCAGCGGGAGUCCCUGGGAGACAUCCUCUGCGUCUCCAAAGUGAAGCUGCAACACUUGCCCUUCCAGGAGCAGCACGACCGGCUGCUGAUCCUCUAUCCUUCAACCUUGGUCAUAGUAUCUGAGGAACGCAACGGCCUCUACUUUAAGGGAGAAUUGCCCCUGAACGCAAUCCAAGUGCAGUUUGAAGAAAACCAGAAAACCUCAUUUUUAAUAGAAGGCCGAUUAAUCAACUCUAUUCGGGUGAUUUGUCCCAGUUAUGAAGAUUACCAGGAGUGGCUUUACUGCCUCAAGACAGCUCAGUUCCGCAAUGCCGACUCCUCUCUUUCUGGAUCAGAGAGUUUCACAGGACCAAAACCAGCGCACCUGGCUCAGUUCUCAGGAAGCGGGAGAGGCUCUCUGACCUCCGAUGGACGGACAAACUCCUGGGCAUCGGGCGGGAAGGGACCGGCCUCUACACAUCACUCCCAGAAUAGCACGGGCUCCCGUUCCGAGAAACAGUCAUUUCGGGUGAUGCCAGAACCCCGGUUGCCAGAUGGGCCUCUGCCUCAAGCAGCCUAUGGCCCAGGAAAUCCAGCCACCACAAGUACAGGGAUGCCAAAAACUGAAAUGAAAAGAAAAGGAAGCUCUCGGAAGUCUAAAGGCAAAUCUGCCCCCGCAACUCAGCAGCCACAGCCCAACAGCCAGGACUCUGAAAGGAGCCAUUUUCGGCUCAUCUCUGAGCAUCCCGGUGGAGAAGGGUUAUCUGCAGUCUACAAUGAGCCUUACACAGCCUUAGUACAACCACAGCAGCAGCAGCAACAAAAACAACACCCCACAGUUCCCCCGUUGCAUUUGGACACGAACCAUUUGAAACAAUGGAACUUGCCAAGAAGCCAGAAUGGCGUGUCAUCCAAAAAUGUGGAAAGCACACCUCUGUCUUGUUCCCCUAUGUAUGCCGACCCCUACACACCCGGUUCUCCCUCUUCGCACGGAGCAGCGGAUUCGAACUUCCUGGAAGAGUUCAUGAGACGCUGUGGGCAGAGCACUGCGGAACAGCACGACGGCUACCCAGCCAUGCCGGUGUCUGUCCCCGUCUCCCAUCGUGCUCCGGUGCAGAAGAAGAAGUCCCAACCUGUGCCCAGCAACCACUGGCAAGAGCCAACAACUUCUCAGAGAUGUGGCUUCCCCGGCCCUGUUUUAAAUUUCUCAGGAAUGCCUUCUUCGGAUGCCAAGUAUUUGACCACGCCGUUCCCACCCCACAUCAAUCAGAGCACCUCAUCCCAAGAUGAAUUUCUGAUGGCUUCCCUGCCAACUUCAGACGAAAGCACUGGGGCAUAUGACCUGCCUGAAAGUGGACGGGAACGGCUCGGUUCUGCCUACCACGAUUACGCCGAGCUUCAAAGUUUUCAGAGUGACUUCAGUUACGACAACAUCUGGGACACGGAGACAAAGCAACCAGCACGCGCCCCUGACAUGACUGCUGAGAUUUACGACUGCUGAAGGAGGGCAGCUUGCACUGCUGAGGAGGGUAUCGCAAAAACGACUGUGUGUCUGCACAAUUAUCUGCUUCUGAGCUAGAUAAUGCACACUGAACGGCAGUCCACGUGUGCCUGCCCUCUUCUUCCCUGUUCCUCCAGGAGGUCUCUGUAUCUCAGGGACAACUGUGACUUUCCCAGUUAUUUACGGACCCCAGCCCCUGCUCCUUCACAUUCUGGUGUGGUGGUGUUAAAAACUGGUCUGAGGAAGGAAUUGGACAUGUGAGUGAAAAUCUGCGCACCGCACCGGCUCCGAUCCAUCGUGCCUGCAUUUAUGGGAGCCACGAGGAAGAAGCAGCUCCUCCACAGAUGUUUCUCACAUCUGUGGUGGGUGGGGACUGAGGCUCUGCUCUUUGCGUCGGAUCAAGCAGUUCACCCCUUCUUCUACCCGGAAGGGAAAGCCAGCAUUAGCCAGGGUGCUGGAGUGUAGCAGUGCGCUCUCUUUUGCGACUCAGUCCAAAGGCUUUAGGUGAAAAAUUGGAUGUUUGCUGGGCACUGAGGAGUACUGGAGGGUGAUAAGAACAAUACACUUGUGUAACUGAAUUCUCCACAGUAUUAAGAAUUUGGGGGUGGGAGACAGCUGGGUUUCUUUAGAUAAACCCUUGAAAAAGAAACGGACAAGGGAACUGCUGGUGGACAAGGGUGCUGGCUUCUGUGAUGACAGGCCAAAAUGGACAGCACGGUAGGUAAUUCUGAGAUGAUAGAAAUGAGGAUGGGUCAAUGGGCAUAUUAUUUGAAAAUGAUAUAGUAAUUGUGCCACUAAAAAGAGCGAUCGUGUGACCUCCUUUUCAUUUUUCUACGUCACCGAGGCUCAGCCCUGGAAAACCUCUUCUGAGUUCAGCAUCUGCUGUGUGAGCAUCUGCCUCUGAGCCUUUAAGCAAUAACUAAAGCAGUGCCUCUGAGCGAGCGCAGAAUGUACUCUGUCACCAUGGCCCUUGGGAUGGAGAGGUUCAAGUACAUCUUUUUGCCAGCAUCCAGCAAAGUUUACAUGUAGCUUUUCUGUUUAAUAUUCUAUUUAAUAUGUAAAUGUGGGUACCUUUGUGCUGUGGGAGGGAGAAGAGUUAAAAAAAAACCUAGCUAUUUAAUUUUGUAACCAUGGAGUGUUCAGGAACAGCUGCUAUUUUCCAGCAGGUCCAAUGUUUAAACUCACCCAGGGACGGUUGCUUUUGUAAGUGUGUCAUUUCCAGGCUUCCUUCUUUUGUCCUCUCUAAGGGCUUGGGGGGUUUGGAUCUUGGGGCAGAGCAGCAAAGAUUUUCAGAGCAGAAUCUUGGAAAGAGAAGGGAGGGUGUCCAAAGGUACAUGGCUGAGGCUGCAACUGUGUUGCAGCAGGGUUCAGUUGUAUUUUUGCAAGAUUGUGUGUCUGUGUGUGUGUGAGAGUGUAAGGGUGAGAGGGGAGGGGGUUGUAGCAAGUCUGCCAAUGUAUAGAAUUUAUAUGCUGUAUAGUUCUCUUUAACCAUUGAUUUGGAGACCAUAUGCCUAAUAAAGUUAAUAUAUCUAAGA